UGCGGUGACAUUAACUCGACCGUACGUCAUUGGUUGACAAACAUCUUAAUCAAAAAAAAAUCUGUGAAACAAAUCUCAAUUUGUAAUCUCUUCGACGAAUUCAAGUCAGUUUUCAAAAUCCUUAUACCAUAGAAUCGAUACAUCGGAAAUAGAAAACAAUCUUACCAUUCAGUUUAACAACAGACAAAUAAUGCAGCGUCGGUUUUAUAAGUCGAGAAUUCGCGGAUAAGUAUAAAAAAUUCGGAAAAAGUCACGAGGAAGGGAAAAGAAAUAAACGGACGGCCAGUAAUCUGAAAUCAGCGCACGUUUGCGGUAAUGUUCGGGUAAGAACUAGAAAAAAAAAAAAAUUGUAGGUACAAACGCCGGCACUCGACCGCGCGUGAACGAUUUUUUUUUUCUUUUCAAUCCCCCGUGUCGAGUGUUCGAAAAAGACACGAUCUUCCCCCCCGAAAGAAACAACAGGAUCGCGGGUUGUGCGUGUACGUGUGCGUGUGCGGGCGCGCGCGUACGCGCGGCGCAAGAUACGGGUGGCGACGGACGAAACAAAUUCGGAUAUGCUCGAUCAACGGCGACGGCGGUGGCGGCGUGCGGGCACACAGCAACAGCAGGCAACCGCAGCCGCAGCAGCAGCAGUAGCAGUAGACGGACGACGUUGUCGCGACCUUGGCGCGAAGUUAAAGGAAGUCGGUUACUGUGCAUUGCCGUGCGACGGAUGGAGAGAAAAAAAAAAAAAAAAAAAGAAAAAGAAAAAAAAGAAGAAUGCGCUAGUGUACACAAAUGUCUACACAACUUGAAUCCAGAAAUACGAUUAUAAUGCAGUAUCAACGCACCAACGUGUUGUGCGUUGUGCCCUCCCGAGAGUGUCUCGUCGUCUUGCUCUCCCCGGCGUGGUGCACGGCCGCGGUGUUACACGCGCUCGUUCGACGACGUCGCGGUCGCUCGCGAAAUAGUACACCUAACCAGUGUUCGUCGGUUGUCCGACGGAUUUUCUUGCGGCUCCGGAACGGAAACUCGGACGCGGACAUUUCCACCGAUAUGGGGUUCCGGGGAAAAUAUUGGACUACAAUCGAACGCACCUGUGGCAUGGUGUUCACUUACAUUUUAGCUUUGAUAAAACUUGUGUCUAAUUUUUUGAUCGGAACGAACAAACAUUUCGAAUAUCAGUCCGAUUCUCAUAAAGAAGUAUACAAAACUGUAGCUGAUAUACCAGGACCAUGGUCAUUGCCUAUAUUUGGAACCAGAUGGAUAUAUUGGAAAUUCGGCCCGUAUAAACUGAAUACCGUUCAUUUAGCAUAUAAAGACAUGUUUAGCCGAUAUGGAGAUAUUAUUCGUGAAGAAGCAUUGUGGAACAUACCGGUACUUAGUGUUAAAGAGCGAGACUUCAUUGAAAGAGUACUCAGACAUAGCGGAAAAUACCCUAUUCGGCCACCAAAUGAAGUGACUGCGAAUUAUAGAAAUUCUCGCCCGGAUCGCUACACAAAUACUGGGCUUGUUAAUGAACAAGGUGAAAUUUGGGCUAAUUUAAGAAAUAAAUUGACUCCGGAACUUACUAGCCCUAGGACAAUACGUAAUUUUUUGCCAGAAGUAAAUCUGCUAGCAGAUGAUUUCAAUGCUUUGAUUGCUCAAGCAAGAGACAGUAAUAACACAGUUAAAGGAUUCGAAUCUUAUUGUAACAGAAUGGGAUUGGAAAGUACAUGCACGUUGAUUUUGGGCAGGAGAUUAGGAUUUCUAGAUGGAGAGAUCAGCGAUACGGCUACGCGACUGGCGGACGCCGUAACUAGUCAAUUCCGAGCUUCACAGGAAGCAUUUUAUGGACUUCCGUUGUGGAAAUUAAUACCAACCAAAGCGUAUAAAGAUUUCGUAGCGAGUGAAGACUCCCUAUAUGACAUUGUGUCUGAAAUCGUGGAUUCUGCGUUAACUGAUGAACAGCAAUCUUGUACAGACGUGCGCAGCGUAUUCGUUUCCAUACUUCAGGCACCCGGGUUAGAUAUCAGGGACAAGAAAGCGGCGAUUAUUGAUUACAUUGCUGCUGGAAUCAAGACUCUAGGAAAUACACUAGUAUUUUUACUGUACUUGGUUGCCAAACAUCCGGAUGUGCAGGAAAAAAUAUACGACGAAGUAUCGCGAUUGGCCCCAUCCGGUACACCUAUAACCGCCGAACACUUGUACCACGCCACAUACUUGCACGCUUGUAUAUCAGAAGCACACAGACUUUUACCCACUGCUCCGUGUAUUGCCAGAGUGUUGGAAUCCGAAUUCAAGUACAAAAAUUAUAGACUACCGCAAGGGAGUGUCGUUUUACUGCACACGUGGUUGGCAUGUUUGGAUGACAAUAAUUUUGUCGACGCAUAUUCUUACAAGCCAGAAAGAUGGCUAGACGAGUUGACAAAAAAAUCACCUUUUUUGGUUGUGCCAUUUGGAUGUGGAAAAAGAAUGUGUCCAGGCAAGCGGUUCAUCGAUCUUGAACUUCAAAUCGUUUUGGCAAAGGUGGUGAAACAAUUUUACAUCGACUUUGAGGGAGACCUGAAUACUAAAUUUGAAUUUCUUUUGACACCCAGCAACGCGAAUUUUAUUCUACGAGAUAGAAGUUGUUGAUGUUAUUUAAUACUCUUCUAUUUCUUUAAAUCUAUCUACAAUUGUUAUACUUCAAUAUUAACUUCCAAUUUUUAUCAUCUCGCUUCACUAUUCUUAUAUGAGUUUUCAAACGAUAAAUUGUGUAUACGUGUUUAUAAUAUUUUUGUAUCUAUAAACGUUUAAUAG